UACUAGUGAGACUAUGGGAUGGAUAACGGGCGGCCAGGUUGUGAUUCUUGGGACGAAUUGGAACUCCACUUUAUGUUCUACUGUUGAGAGGAGGAGGUAGUAGGGUGGAGGAGAGGUGGCACUGCUUUUGUGAGGGUCUGUGGAAGCCGCUAUUCAUUCAACACGACUCGAGAGACGCUUGGGUGUUUUUUUAAGGAGGAGGUGCUUCUCAGCAACAGAUCUGGGGCUGUGAUUUUGGGUUGCAACUUGAGCUCACCAUUUUGCUGUACGGUGUUGUAGUCGAGAGGAGAGCGCUGGAAUGGGUGCCGAUGCAAGUUUUAGGCAUGGAGCUCUGAGUGACCUAAGGCUUCUGUGUGCUUCGUCAUCUUCUCUGCCGAGUCUGGUUAGGUCGUCUCUGUAUUGAGUUGCACUUCUUGUGUGGGCAUGUUGCAUACACUUUCCAUGCAUCAAAGCUGAAGUUGUGAGUCUUGUUCAUUUGUUCUGUGUUUUCCAUCUUAAAUCUGAUUGCAUUGUGUUUGUAUAGAGACAUGCUUCGUGGACGUGCGUGUCGUGUGUGGGUGCUUUUCAUGGAGGGAAAAGCUGAAGUUCCCUAGCAAAGGAACUUGUAUAAGAGCUUCAGCCAGCUGACUAGGGACAUAGCUCCGCACGGAUUCUGAAAGGCUCUACCAAGUGUAUUGAAUGCAUCUUCUUCUGGGAGUGGUUGUGAUAGCGAGUGUGAGACACGAGGAAGGCGAAGAGAGAGUGAUGAGAGAAUUGCUUCGUUGAUGCCAUUGUGAAGAGACGUGCUCUGAGGCUGUUGGCAAGGGGGCAGGGUUAAUUCCCAAUCGGUCUUUCUAAGGUCACCGAAGAGGUGGUUGAAGCUCCGUCCUUCGGACAUGAAGCCCCGUCUUCGGGACAAUGAUGCGAGAUUCAAGUCUUGCUUAUACCUGAACGUCAUCACAAAGUCUGAUCUGUACUUUUUUGAGAGGUUCUUCAUCCAGUACUUUGGACUGCAUAGUAGAUUAGGGUGUGGUCUUCUGCGUGGUCUUUCAGCUUUUGAAUUUCAAGCACGAAAAUCCGCUGACGAGUGGUAUACUUAGUGUGUGCUGGCAAUAUCUGCAGAGUGAGAUAUUGUGCGCCGCAAGAUAUCUCGUGGAAGAUUGCACUGAACUCUGGGAAUACCUUGCUAUGCACCCUGUUUCACCUUGGUUCAAACCGAGUGAAAGAAAGGGAAAAUAUGGGCAUAGAUGUGAUGGGCAAGGGAAUGGCCUGCUAUGUGUGUUAUUCUUCGAAUGGUUAAACUUGGUGAAAGGAGAAACAUGACUGUCGGAUUGAGGGUUUGUAUAUAAGCAAGGGUGAGCUACUCACCUGAUGCCGUCUGCACGGGCAGACGAUGACUGUAUGGUCCAAGUGCGGGGUAGCGCCUUUGAGCAGAGCUGCCGGCGGGUUAGCGCCUUCGAGCAAAGCUGCCAAGUCCGCGAAAUGUAAAGCUCCAAACUGUUUUGCUGUUUGAGGUUCAUUCUCAUUCCUUUAGUCAGAUAAAGCCCAGGCCACCUGAGCACGCUUGGUGGUCUCUCUCGCGAGUCUGGGGAUGGUCCCGGCAGGAGAUUCUCGGGGAGGUCCGCUUCUUGACGGAUCCCCUUCGCUUUCCAGGAAAAAGAUGUUGGAGAGGCUGAAGGCAGAAAAGGAGAAGGAAGUUCAGGAGAUGGAGAGGGAAAUUCAAGAGCUUGCUGAGGCUGAUACCAGGGCUGCGCAAAGGACCGGUGUGGUAAAGCAAGUACAAGAGAUGGUUGAUGACCCCAAUACCUCGCUUGAAGUGAAGAAUUUGGCCUCACUUCAAGUACUGAUGUUGGAUAAGUUAGAUAAUGUGAAGGAGUGUGUCGAUGCCCUUGCAGCGAGCAUGCAGUUGCUGUUUCAGGCUGUUAGAACCAUUUCCUUCCCUCCACCUGUUUCCCAGACUCUUGUUGCGGCCUCUACUUCCGUAUCUGGUUGCACUGUCAUGGGUACGGUCCCUGCCGCCUCUUCGUCCUCCCAGCCUUUUAACAAUCCUGUCCUAACCGUUGUUCCAUCUUCCGCACCGCGCACUUCCUCGAAUUCUGAGAUCCCAGCAUUACCUUCUGGGGGCAAUCCAAUGCCAUCAACUGCUGAUCCUUUUUCAGCUGCUGAUGAUAAGGAGAGCGAGCACGAACAGCAUUUGGCCUUCUGCGAGGGCAACACUCCGCAACACAGGGGAAGAAAGAGUGAGGAAAGUAUUCCAUGGCGGCAGCAGGUGCAGCAAGGCCAAGCCAAAGGCCUCCCCAAAGGAGUAAAGACUCGAAGUUCGCCGCCUCGGACGAGUUCCAAGCCUCAGAAGGGCCCUAAGAUCUCUGAGCUUGCGUGGCAGAAAAGGACAGAGGCCGGGAUCUGCCUUCAUUGCCAGGAGCCCAACCACAUGGCAGCUGCUUGCCCUCUCCGCAGGGAAGAUAAAGCCGAACACUCUGGAAACUUUGACUUGAAUGGCAACCCUACCUCCAGGUUAUGGCCUUCCUGGCGGGGCCAGAAGUUCCCGGAUCGGUCUUCUCAGAUGCCGCCUGUUAUAGAUGGUGCUUAUGAGUUCGACCACAUCGUCGAGCAUGAUGAUGAUGGUGCUGCCCGUGAGUAUUGUGUACGCUUCAGGUAUCAACCUGAGUCUGUAGAUCUGUGGAUGAAUAGGCGAACCUUACUGAAGUUUGCUCCUAAAAGCAGCAUUCGUGCUUAUGAAACUUUUCUACGACGUUGAUCUUGUAAUGAUCUGAAGACACUGAGCUGUUGGACCAGUGAGGCCACACAUUACCAUCAGCUGGGUUUCCACUUUGUGUUCUGCUGCUGGGUUUUUCCCAGUUUCCCUGUGCUAGUCUCCAAGUCUGACGGGGGGGGGACGGGGGGCGCGACCCCACAUGACCAGAGAUCGGCUGCGUGAGAGUACUAACCUUUGCUUUGUCGGUGGACUGAUCUGACACUGGGGGGCUCGGCUCAGGGACUCGGACUUCUGAAUUCGCAAAACUGGAGUCGUCCCGGGUCCCAGACCUAUUGGUGAAGUACCAUCGGUGCUGAUAUGCAUCUGGCCGCGUGUGAGGCCAAAGAGGUCCCGUGCGAGACCUGAGGACUGGCAGGCCUAAACUGUCAUCAUUUUCGCCCUGGAGUGAGGGCUGCUGGACGUCACCGCCUAACUUAGCUCAGGAGGUAACCGAUAUAGAGCACAAGUACUCGCAGUAGUUCGUUUCUGUAGCGGGUCAGGCGUGCCAUAUAUCUUCUAGUUUCUGAGGGCUGACCCUACUCAACUGGCAGUUGUCAGCUUCUGCUCUCUGUCUAUAUCAGAUCUAGUCCAGAGAGCAUCUGCUGGGAGACAAGGUUUGGUACUCAUAGGGAAACACAGGCAGGAGCUCGGUACGGCAACUCACUUGGAAGUCGCUAGGAGAGGUCUACUCUUCCGUAUCGACUUUCGAGCUUGGCAUCUUCAGAUCUGUGUGAGGAGCUUCACUUUGCUGGGUAUGGAUAUUUGACGUCUGCAAUCGGUUUCUCUGCAGCGGAUGGUGAGCGGUGAUCGGCAUUCACAUUUGGUUGGCUCUCUUUUCUCAAAGCCGCUGCGGACGCUCCUAUUGUUCAGCACUAUGCUGAAAAAGGCAAGGGGAUGGAUUGAAGGCGGCGCUGACCGUUGAUCGCCAGGUUGUAAUUUUGUUGGGUGAGUUGAACCAAUUCAAGAAAUAUGCAUUUACCGA